AUGCGCUCGCUUCUCUUCAAAUCAAUCCUCUCUCUGCAUCCCAAGCACUGUCCAUCAUCAAUUUCACACUUCGCCAUGGCCGCUGCCACCAGAGCUCGCAUCAGAGGAGUAGUCUUCGACAUGGACGGAACCCUAACGCUCCCCACCAUCGAUUUCCCGGCGAUGCACAAUGCGGUGCUCGGCGAGGACGAGUGCCGGAGAAUCAAGGCCGAGAAUCCUUCCGGCAUCGACAUUCUCCACCACAUCCAGAGCUGGAGCCCGGACCGGCAGCGGAAGGCUUACGAGAUCAUUGUCGAUUACGAGCGCCAGGGUUCCGACCGCCUUCAAAUUAUGCCUGGUGCUGCAGAGCUAUGUGGGUUUCUGGAUUCGAAGAAAAUCAGGAUGGGGUUAAUCACUCGAAACUUCAAGGAAGCUGUUGAUAUUUUCCAUUCCCGAUUUGGGAGGAGCUUUUCUCCAGCAUUGAGCCGGGAGUUCCGUCCUUGCAAACCGGACCCAGCUCCUCUACUGCAUAUCUGUUCAGCAUGGGAUGUUCAGCCUGACGAGGUCAUAAUGAUUGGCGACAGCCUUCAAGAUGACGUGGUUUGUGGGAAACGUGCUGGGGCAUUUACAUGUUUGCUCGAUGAAGAAGGCAUGUACAGCGCUGCUGACAUUGCAGAGUUUGUUUGCAGGUAUUACCUUGGGGGUGUGUUGGCAUUGAUUCCUGUUGCAUGUAAAGCUCUUCCCAUGCUCAUGGCAUGCAUCCUUUUGAGUAAUAUUGGUGCUUCAAUUACUGAAGUUGCUACAGAUGCUCUUGUUGCUGUGUAUGGCCAAAAACACAGAAUAGGAGGCCUCCAGUCCUAUGCAUCUAUGGCUUUGGCUAUAGGUGGGAUCCUUGGCAACUUCCUUGGUGGCAUUUUCUUGCAAAAGACAGCUCCCAAAACCAUGUUUGUGGUAUUUGCAUUUCUGUUGGCUCUCCAGCUUGUUAGUUCAUCAGUAGACAGGGAGGAAGUUCUUGGUCUGUCACGGGAACCAGACCAUGCUGUCGCUGAGAAAUCAAUAUGGGUGAGCAUCCGUCCAGUACUGGAAAGAACUUCCCAUGAAGAAACUGGUUGGCACCCUCCAGUUUCUGUAUGCAGCUUCACUUCUUCUUGA